CUCUCUCUUUCUCUUCUCUUCUUUCUUGGCUCGAGUCCUUUCGAAAUGGGCCGCCCUGUUUUCUUGUUUGCUUGCGCCUUGCUUCUUCUGGCUGCGUCGACAGCUUCGGCCUCAAAAAUUGUGGAGCACACAUUCUACGUGCAAAAUUUGACCGUCAAUAGGCUGUGCAACCGGCAAGUGAUUAAUGCAGUAAAUGGUAGCCUCCCCGGCCCAACAAUCCGCGUCCGAGAGGGUGACACACUCGUUGUUCAUGUCUUUAACAAGUCACCUUACAACAUGACUAUUCACUGGCAUGGAGUGUUUCAGAUCCUGAGUGCCUGGGCAGAUGGACCUAGCAUGGUCACUCAAUGUCCAAUUCUCCCCGGAAGUAAAUACACCUACAAAUUCAAAAUCAGUAAGCAGGAGGGAACCCUCUGGUGGCAUGCUCAUGUCUCGUGGCUUCGUGCCACCGUCUACGGUGCACUCAUCAUCCGCCCCAGAGCCGGCCACUCUUACCCUUUCCCUAAGCCAUACAAGGAAGUUCCCAUCUUAUUAGGUGAGUGGUGGAACGCGAAUGUGGUUGAUGUGGAGAACGAGGCACUUGCCACCGGUGCUGGUCCUAACAUUUCUGAUGCUUACACAAUAAAUGGAUGGCCUGGUGAUCUCUACCCAUGUUCUCAAAAUCAAAUGUACAAGCUUAAGGUGGAGCAGGGAAAGACCUAUCUGUUACGCAUCAUCAAUGCUGCACUCAAUAACCAGCUCUUCUACAAGAUAGCCAAUCAUAAGAUGACAGUUGUAGCCAUUGACGCCUGCUACACCAAGCCUUACGUCACUGACGUCGUGGUCGCCGCCCCUGGCCAGACACUCGACGUUUUGCUAACCGCCGAUCAGCCGGUUGGGUCGUAUUACAUGGCCGCUAGAGCAUAUGCAAGCGCAGCUGGUUUACAGUUUGAUAAUACUACCACAAGGGGCGUCGUCGUGUAUGAUCAUGCACCAUCAUCGGCAACGCCUCUAAUGCCAGCCCUUCCGGCGUUCAAUGACACCCCCACGGCUCACAAGUUUUACUCUAACAUCACCUCAUUGAUGGGUGGACCUCAUUGGGACCCGGUCCCACGUACGGUGGACUAUAAGAUGUUCGUCACCAUUGGGUUGGCGGUCGAUGUCUGCCCAGCGAACACAACUUGCCAGGGUCCAAUCAAUGGGACAAAGCUCUCUGCCAGCAUGAACAACGAAUCCUUCGUGUUACCUACCAGCUUGUCUAUGUUGCAAGCCUUUUUCUUCAACGUCGGUGGAGUUUACACCACUGAUUUCCCUGCCAAGCCCCCGAUUCAAUUCGACUACACCAACGCAAGCGUCAACAACAACCUGCCGCUGCUCUUUGCUCCAAAAGGAACCAAGGUCACCAAGCUUAAGUUCAACUCGACUGUGGAGAUAAUCUUUCAGAACACAGCUAUCAUUGGAGUAGAGAAUCACCCCAUGCACCUCCAUGGCUUCGACUUUCACGUAUUGGCACAAGGGUUUGGAAACUAUAACCCCGCCAAGGAUAGAAAGAAGCUCAAUUUUAUCAACCCACAGAUGCGCAACACCAUUGGCGUGCCAGUUGGAGGAUGGGCUGUCAUCAGAUUCAGAGCUAAUAAUCCAGGUGUAUGGUUAAUGCAUUGCCACUUGGACGUGCACUUGCCAUUGGGCCUGGCCACCGCCUUCGUGGUUGAGAACGGACCAACUCCGGACACAACCUUGCCUCCACCACCGGCUGAUCUACCUCAAUGCUAGAAAUAGUUGGAUUAAUGAAAAAAGUUCGUUCAAUUUGAUGAUAAUACCUUCUAUAUUUGGGUUUUUUUAAUAUCUUUUUUAGUGUAAGUUUGGAUUUCAUUUUCAUUGUUUCAAGGCAAGAUAUAAUAAUUGCCAGUCUACAUUCAUUAGCCUAUUCUUGUCAAAGGUCAAAACUCUAUUGUUGUAAGGUUCAUAUUCUUUCGUAUGUAAUAAAAUUGGUCCUCAACAUAUCAUUUUCUA